UGGGGGCUGCGCGGUGCACACGGGGCCUGUCAGGCCGCCGCUGGGUGUUCCCUCCCCUCCUCCUCCCUGCACCAACCGCUAAACCCCCUCCCACCACAGCUGAGGAGACACACCGCCGCCCUCCCCCACCUCACACAUCAGCAGCUCUGUGCUCCACACACCGGCGGGCGGAGAGCGCAGGACGGGGGACGCUGAGGAGACGAGCCGGGGGAUGACAGCAGACGGCCCGAGGACCUGACACAGCCGCCGCCGUGUCCGAGAGGAGCUGAGGAAGAUUUGGCUCCGUUCCUGCUGUCAUCAGUGAUGAGUGGGUCCCACACAGCUGUUGCUCCGUUGACCCCUUGCAUGGAGGGAUUGCCUCCUCUGCCAAAGAGCCUUAGUGGUCUGCUAAACUCAAGUGGAGGGUCAGGCUGGCGAGACCUGGAGAGAGUCUACGCGCAGAAGUCUCGCAUUCAAGAUGACCUAAGCCGGGGAGGGUCAAGUGGCAGCUCUCAAGCUCACCCAAAGCCGCCAAACUUAGACGCAGCUCUGGCUUUACUUCGGAAAGAAAUGGUUGGGUUGAGACAGCUUGACAUGUCUCUCCUCUGUCAGUUGUAUUCACUCUAUGAAUCCAUCCAGGAAUAUAAAGGUGCUUGCCAGGCUGCCUCCAGUGCAGAAUGCACGUACGCCAUGGAAAAUGGAUUUUUUGAUGAAGAGGAAGAGUAUUAUCAAGAAGCUGGUGCCCUCCAUAAAGGUGCCAGGGAAGACUCUGAAGGAAACCUCACUCUCUCAGUACCUCCUCUUUCUAACGAUGACUGGAUAUUGGAGAAUAUUUAAUUUGCCAUGCAUCAGGAAGGCAUCUCCUGAAUUUUUCUAAGCAUGCUUCCCAGGAGUUUUUUUCUCUUGGGAAGUGUUUUCUUAUCAUUUAAACAUUUUCUUUUACGUUUAUAAGGACUGUUCUGUUCUGGCCCACCAUUGCUGGUGGUGAUAAUGCUGUAAGCAACGUGGAACAUUGUCCAAGUGCCUUUAACAUCCAAAAGCACUUAUAAGAGAGGAAAUCAUUUUUAUAAAAGCAUAUGCUAUGAGUAGCGCUGGAGACUACAUAGUAAUAGGACAUGAAUUAUACAGGCUUCCAUCAUCUGCCUUAAAUCAUUCAUUGACAAAUGACUUAUACUAUCAGUUUUACAGGAAGUGCCGAGGAGAAGUUCCUGCAUUUCUGAGAAUGAGUGGUGAGCUCAUCUUUGAAUGUCUGAAUGUGCCUCAGACAGACUAGAAGGAAUUCACAACUAACUUUCUUCACAUGGGUUUAAUUGACGGGCUUGGUUCAUUUUUAAUUUGUCACAGGAUACACUCAAUUUCAGGAGCUUUGCGUGUGUAGAAUUUGUAGCAAUAACCAGUCAGUGGAGACAGUCAAUAGGUUGUGGCCUUGAAUGGGUUGUCCGGCCUGUAAAAUGUAUUUGAAAGCUGACCUAAAAAAAGUGAUCCUUGCCUCAGAUUCCCUGCUACUCCUUGGCUGAUGAUUUCCAGCUAAUCUCUACAUCUUGGUUCCUCUCAACACCCAGAAUGUGACUGCUCAGCCAGUCACCAGCUGAUGUGGAUCAUCGCUGUGGCCAGUGAUUGGACAAGAAGAGUUUUCCUGUGUGUUGAGAGGUAUCAAGAGUGAGGAACCUGGGGGGUGUCCAAGGAUUUUUUUAAAUAUUUUACUGGUCUGACAACCUUUCUAAUCCAUGUCGAUAGAAUGCACCAUGAGACCUGGUUCACAUUUCCGUGUCCAUUUGACGUCCAUGGAAAAUCCAUCUGUGAAGAUGUCCGUGAAGGAUUUGUGUUUGGUACGUGUGUCAUCGAUUUCGCACGGAAUCUUCUAGGCUGAAAAUUUAAUUUCCAGAGCGUCUCCCACUAAUGGUCUGUAGGAACACAGAUGCUAUCCAUGUUGUCAGUGUUUUUUUUUUUUUCACGGAACGAUACACUUCAUGGGCUGUUUGGUCUGCAUCAGAGAUGCAUUAAAAUCAAUGGGUACAGCAAACGUUCUUGAUUCACUGAAGUAUGAAUGAGGCCUAAUACAUACUCCACAGAGCUGUUUUGGUUGUGUGAUCACAAAACCAAAAUUGCUCCCCUCUAAGAUGUUCAUAUCCCCUAAGGCCAGACACACAAGCGAAUUGAAUGUGGGGAACUCAACAAAGGGUGUGUCAGUGAGAGGUCCUGGUCUGGUCUCCUCUCCUCUGACAGGAUUGCACAGCAUUAGGCCCUUAUGCACACAGACUUUGCCCGGCCAUGGCCGUAUUGCGGCCCACAAACAGUGGGUCCGCAAUAUGCGGGCUCCGUCCAUGUGCUCCCAAUCCGGAGCUACGGUGCAGAACGGAAGCACUACGAAAGUACUCCGUGAUGCGGAAUGGCCACGGAAUGGUGCUCGUGUAUUGCAGAUCCGCAAAUGCGGUCCGCCCUUACACAGCAUUAUAAAUCAGAGGAGGGGAGGCCAGAAUGGGACCUCUCACUGACAUGCUGCGAGUUCCUCGCAUUCAACUAGUUUGUGUAUGUUUGACCUAAUACUGUAGUGCAUAUGGGCAUGGCCCUUCCUAAUUGAAGGACCCCCUUAGGCCACCUUCACAUAGCUGUAUUUUAGUCAGUAUUUUUCAUCAGUAAGCCGAAACUAGGAGUGGAUCCUACAGAGAGAAAAACUAUAACAGACUGAUACGCAUGUCUUCCAUGUUUCGGAUCCAGUCCUGGUUUUGGGUUUACAAACACGAAUGAAAAAUACUAACCAAAAUCUAAAGGCCUAAAUUCAGGGGACUGUGUAGGGGUGUUUUUGCUACCAUAAACUGUCUGAGUAGUGCCUACCUGUUAUUGGCAACCAAAAAUGUAAAAUCUUCUGCAAUUUCAGUCACAACUUUCAGAUCAGUCACGCUCCUAGAGAUCUGCUGUUCCUGCAUGUCUUUGUUGGUGACGGGGCACAGAAAGGCUUUCACUAUUAUUCUUCAAUUCACCUAUAGAAGGAAUUCACAUGCGAGUUACCAGAAAAUAUUUAUGGCAGGAUCUCGGUAAAUAUAUUUUUAAGGACAUAGAUUAGAAAGUUAUUGUAAAGCAGAAUAUAAUGUUGCUCCAUCCGCGACAUUCUUUGGGUGCGUAACCCAGAAAUGUCCCAUUUAAUUGCCUUUUGAAGUGAACUGUUAAGCGCACAUACAUAUAGCAGGGUCUAUUCACACGAAUUGCACCAUAUCUGAUAUUGUAUUUUCAGUGGAUUUGUGUUCCAGGUCUUUGUUUCUUCAUGUGUUAGGCAUCUAAUUAGCACCUGUAUAAUGCUGUGGAGGAUUCGGUGGGCCUCCUGUAUAGAAACAAAUACAAAGAGACGUUGGAGAUUUUACAACCGAUCUGAUCACUCCAUCCAACCGUAUCUGGACAGCGGUAGACGUGGAGAACGGCUCCACUUUUUGCCUGCUCCUAUACGUAUUUUUAGAGGCCCGCUCAUCUUCAGUUCAUUUUCUUGUGCAUCCUCCAAGCAGUGUUUAAUGUUCUGUUGUAGGACACUUUAACUCAUAUGCUGCUUGCUGUAUUCUUGUGUCUCUCUUAUUUUCCUCACGCACUUUCCUGUAACGUGUGCUGGUUCCGUUAUGCGCUUGUUCCGCACACGUCCAUAUCACAAUGAUCCACUCCAUCUGUGUUAUAGACAAACACAUAAUUGCACAAAGUCUGCACAUUGAGCCUGGCUCAUAGAAAUAUCCAUUUGUUUUUAGGACCUCAACAUUUCUGCAAUCGGCUGAGCAAAAAAAAAAAAAAAAAAAAUUGACAUUUUGUUACAUUGCAUUUAUUUUAUGUAUAUUUAUUUAGAAAUGUUAAUCGUACAUUUUCUCUAAUAAAGUAAAGUCAUAGUU